AUGUCUAUGUCAAUCAAACGUCACUUAUCAAUGUUUACUCCAUCUACUGCUCCUGCUGAUGCUAUGAAACCAUCUGACUCUAGAUCCUCACUGGAGGAUUCAUUUAAGGAAUCCUCUGGGUUAGUCUCUGGUCUACCAGCUCCAAACACAGUUGUGUAUACAGCUCUGUUUGUUGCGCAAAGCAUUGAACAGGCAUCGCGCCUGCAUACUCCAUCCAACUACUACUUCUUCAACAUGUCAGACCUCCACGACUUGUGCCGUUUCUCGAGCCGGCCGAUCGGCCCCGAGACCGUGGAGAAGGUGCGUUACUACUUGAGCAACGGAAUCCCCGCCACCUACACUGUGGAAGAGGCGUACAACUACACGCAUGGAAUCGAGCAGGACGCCGAGUCCACAACCACACCUUUGCACUUGAUCGCGACACAUUUGCCUGAGGAUGCGACGGCCGCCGAGUUGGAGACCGUGGGCGACAUUGUCGCUGCGCUUUUGGAGUACGGCGCCGGCUGGUGUCUUACAGAUGUGAACAACGACACUCCAGGAUGCAUUUUGAUCCGCAGAGGGUUUAAGGCGACGCCGAUCUACGAGCAGAUAGUGGACGCGGGAGUGCGGGCGGAGUUGUUGUUGCGCAAGGUUUCUGAGUAUGAUAUGGAGGUGCUCAGCGAGGACGAGUGGCCAGAGGAGAUGGAGGGGAAGGAAGAGGAGGAGAAGGUGAAGGAAGAGGAGGAGAAGGUGAAGGAAGAGGAGGAAGAGAAGAAGGAAGAGGAAGAAAAGGAGGAAAAUGAAGAGAAGAAAGAGGAAGAGAAGAAAGAGGAGAAGAAAGAGGAAGAGAAGAAAGAAAAGAAAGACAAAGAGGAAAAGCUCGAUCCCUCGCACAACCAGCACGCAUACCUCAACACCAAGCUCGAGUACAAAGACGGCGCUCUUGUCACGGAGCAAAACCAAGAUGGCGUCAUGAUGGACUGGGAAACCGACCUCAUGCGCCUCGGCUGCGAGUCGCUCUUCAAAGGAGCCUCGUCCGACCUGGAAGUCAACAUCUUGAACAUCGGCUUCGGCAUGGGCAUCAUCGACACCAUGAUCAACGCCAAAAACCCCACCAAGCAUUACAUCUGCGAGGCGCAUCCGGACGUGCUCCGCAAGUUGAAGGAAGACGGCUGGUACGAGAAGCCGAACGUGGUCAUUCUCGAAGGCAGAUGGCAGGAGCAGUUGGAUGCCUUGUUGAGUGCCGGAAACGUCUAUUUCAACGGCAUCUACUACGACACUUUCUCCGAACACUACCAAGACAUGCUAGAGCUUUUCGAUUACGUGGUGGGCCUCUUGAAGCCCCACGGCGUUUUCUCCUUCUUCAACGGCUUAGGCGCCGAUCGCCAGGUCAUCUAUGAGGUGUACAAAAAACUUGUCGAAAUCGACUUGGCCAACUACGGUCUCCGGUGUGACUUUAUUGAGGUCGAGGUUCCUCCAGAGACGAUGAAAAAGGGCGACGCCAGCGUGUGGGACGGCAUAAGAAGACCCUACUGGCUGUGCCCCACCUUCUACCAUCCGGAGGCCUGUUUUAUUGACGUGUAG